CCCCGACAUAAAUAUGCAAACAGUCUUGAUUACUCGAAUGGGCUGGCCCCUAGAGUCACUACAUAGAGCACUCCUAGCAAAAACCCCCACAUCAAGACAAACUUCUUAUAUAAGAUGUCUCUAAACCCUUAGAAAAAGCAUCAACAAGCACACACACACACACACUACCGAGAAUAUGGAAGAAUCCCAAGCCAGAAGAAGAAGAAGAUCAACCAGCGACAGGAUGGGCGAGGUGACGGCCGAGGACCGUAGUGCCAGUCGGACGAGCAACACACCCGAUAUUAUUGGAGACCCAUCCACGCGUCACAGUGCGAGCAUACCACACUCGCCAUCCUCGGCGGUUGAGCAGUACAAGCUGCUCAGAUCGGUCGCGAUCGGUCUGAUCGACCAGGCCAUCGAUCUGCUCCACCACGUCGUCGUCUCCGAUGGGCUUCUCUCGUCGGUCUCUGAAUUGGUCCCUGGAAGCACCAUCGGCAAACAUCUCAGACAUCUUCAUGACCAUUUCAGGAUCUUGUUCGAGUGCGCUCUCUCUGGACUACCCGGGCACCAUAAAGUGCUCAAUUAUGAUACCAGGGAACGCAAUGUGCCCAUGGAAAGUUCACACAAGACCAUUCUGGUGGAAUUCGAGCGGCUCAAACAUCGCUAUUUGGGCGAUCCAGAAUCGCCACUAAACGUAGAGCCCAACGCAGUGGAGCCUUUUUGUGAAGAUAACCAAGACCCGCCGGUCCUCGAUCGAGCCUCUUCCCCUUCAGCCCAUCCCUCGACCUCCUCCUCCUCUUCAUCAUCAUUAUCACUGGCUAUGAGUCGAAAAAAGGGGUGUUCGAGGCCCAGGUUCGAUCACGAUAUGGCGCUCGAUUUGGUCGCCAUAACCCCGCAUCGUGUCGGUCUGAAAACUACUUUCAAUCGCGAAUUGUGGUUUGCAUGUCUACAUGCAACUCAUCAUUAUGCGUUGAUUCGGGUCAUCGUUACCGGAGAGCUCAAGUUGUCGUUGCCCAAAGAGUUCGGGGUCGCGCCUAGUACCCUAGAACGAUCCAAAAUGUAACCCCCUAGAAACCGAGAUGGAACUCUGGCGUGCCGGUGGUCAUGAGAUGAUUUUUUUUUUUUCAUUCCCUGUCGGUUUGCCUUUUUUGAGGGCCUAGCUUGUAUGUAUCUUCGAUCCGACGCCUCUUUUGAUCGUCUCCUACACAAACAUGUACAUAGAGAGCACAUUCAAUGGACUCUUCUGCCUUCCUUCCAUGCUUGCACUUCUGCCAUUCUCUCUGCAUUUCCUCUUUUUUUUUCUCGUUGUAAAGUCGUUCCACAUCUUUCUUACACACAUGUGUGUAGGUUACACACAUGUGUGUAACGUAGCACUACUUUCCUUUCCUUUCAUGCCUACGUUUUCACUUCAAUCUUUGUCUUGAUUAUGUACCUUGAAGAAUUAGAAAGAAAGGAAGAUGCGGGUUACACAUCCACAUCAUUCCUGAUCUGGACAGACUUCAUACUUUUCUUUGACUUGGACUCUUAUUAUGGUUACUCAUAUUUGGAAGCGAGAUGAUGAUCAUUUUAAUCCAA